AGCGAGAUGCUGGCUAUGCCACUGCAGUGAGGGGGCUGGAGCAGGCGGUGCACAGUCACCAUGGAUGAGAAUAGGUGGUUUUGGAAUACAAUUCAGAAUGAUUUCAAGAAUGGGAAUGUUGAUUUAGAGGGUUGCAUGAGGCUGCUUGAAAAAAUGCAAAUAAAUUUUGAUGAAGACCAUUUAAAACAUAUUUUCAAGAAAACUGUUGACAAACAGUCAGGAAAUAUUAUUAGCGUGGACGACUUCAGAGCAAUUUAUCGAGCUCUUGUACACAGGCCUGAAUUUGAAGAACUAUUCAAGGCUUACUCGACAGAUGGCAAAAUUCUACCUGACAGCCAGCUCCUUAAAUUUCUUAUAAAAGAACAAUUUCAAACUGAAGCUAAUGAAACAACUGCCUUAGAAAUUAUUAUGAAGUAUGAACCCAUUGAUGAAGUGAGGAAGAAAAGGCAGUUGUCAUUUGAAGGAUUUAUAAGGUACAUGAGCUCAGAAGAAUGUUCAAUAUUUAAAAGCCAGCACAAGACCAUCUAUCAAGAUAUGAACCAGCCAUUAUGUGACUAUUUUAUUUCAUCUUCUCACAACACCUACUUGAUAGCUGACCAACUAAUGGGACCCAGUCACUUAUGGGGAUAUACCAGUGCUCUCUUAAAAGGAUGCCGUUGCCUGGAGAUUGACUGCUGGGAUGGCAUCAACAAUGAACCUAUUGUGUAUCAUGGUCACACUUUAACAAGCAAAAUUCCAUUUCGUUCUGUAAUUCAUGUGAUUGACAAGUAUGCAUUUAUGUCAUCUGCCUAUCCAGUUGUACUGUCUCUGGAGAACCACUGCAGCCCUAAACAGCAGGAAGUAAUGGCAGACUGCUUGAAAAGUAUUCUAGGUGACAAACUUCUUUCUACACCAAUUGGUGGUGCAGUAGAUAUGACUGAACUGCCUUCUCCUGAGGCAUUAAAAUUCAAAGUUCUGAUAAAAAAUAAAAAAGUUGGAACAAUUGAGGAAAGUCUGCUCAGGAUGGAUGAUGAAUAUGGUGGUGAGGUAGAGGAACUGAGUGACUCUGAAUCUGAGUCUGAGGAUGAAGACAUAGAUGACAUGUUUCCUCUUCAGCCAUCAAGGAGUCCCACCAAAAGAAGAAGAGAUCAUAGACCUUCACCCCCACCUCAAAAAAAAACAAAGGUGAGGAAGGGAAAGAUUGCCCUUGCAUUGUCAGACCUUGUGGUUUACACCAAAUCUCAGAAGUUUGUGAGCUUUGAGCAUUCCCUGCAGCAUCAGCAGUGUUACGAAAAUAAUUCAAUUGGAGAGAGUGCAGCACGAAAACUUUUAAGAUCUUCAGCUAAAGAGUUUAUUUCACAUACUACAAGAUUUAUUACAAGAAUUUACCCCAAGGGAACAAGAAUGAGGUCGUCAAAUUAUAAUCCUCAGGAGUUCUGGAAUGUAGGGUGUCAGAUGGUGGCCUUAAACUUCCAAACACUGGGAACACAAAUGGAAUUGCAAGAUGGAAAAUUCCUGGACAAUGGUGGUUGUGGCUAUGUGCUGAAACCUGUAUUCUUGAGGGAUCGCAAUACCACAUUUACACCCCGAAAUGUGGGAGGAUACAGCAAACCAAUGUCUCUGUCAAUAAGGCUGAUCAGUGGCCAUCAGUUACCACCCAGCAGCAUGUCAAGGACCAACAAAGCUGACCCCAUGGUGCAGAUAGAAAUCUACGGUGUGCCAGAGGACCAAACAAGAAAGAAAUCUAGUGUUGUAAAAAGCAAUGCUCUGAGCCCUAAAUGGAAUGAAACUUUCUCUUUUAACAUCCAAGUUCCAGAACUGGCAAUGAUACGCUUCUGUGUGCAGGAUGAGAUUUCUCUGUCUAACAACGAAUUCCUCGGCCAAUACACUUUACCUGUGAUGAGCCUGAAUACAGGUUACCGUAACAUUCCGUUGAUAUCCAAAGAAGGCAUCAAGCUGGAACCUGCAUCACUGUUUGCUCAUGUCUGGUACUAUUAG